UUGGAGUAAAGGACGGACUGAAGCCUCUUAACAGCUGAUUGGUUGCUGCUACCGUCUCUUUUUCAGAACUUCAGCGCAGCGGAAUCCUUUAAAGAAUACAAGACUCGGCAAAAUGAACUUGUCAUACUUGGUAGCGUGUGGACUUAUGGUCACCCUGCUUUCAGUGAGGAUGGGGGCAAAACCUGUAUCUCAGACGCAACAGAAGUCUCUUAAAAGUUUGCUGGGCGAGGAGCUGGCAGAGUUUCUGGAGUCGGAGGAGAGGGAGAGGCGGCUAGACGCUGUGCGCUCUCGGAUACGGUUACUGCGAGAUUUACGCAUGGACACCCGGGCCAGAGGGAUGUGGGCUCGUCUCCUUAACGACCAACCUGCACCGAGGAGAAACAAAUCUGGAAACAAGAAAGGGGGUUCCACGUCACGGAGUGGCUGCUUCGGACACAAGAUGGACAGGAUAGGAACCAUCAGCGGCAUGGGUUGCUAGGGUUGGAGCAGCGCUAUUAUGAUCUCUGGACGAUUUGUUGGAAAACAACGGUUCAGUUUGUUCUCACCUGAGGGAGAAAAGAAGAAAAACUCACCAAGUGACAGAUUUUCGGUACGAAAGUCAACACGACCAGCAUAAACAAAGACUGAGAUGACGAUGCUACAAAACCCUCAUAUCAAUUUAUAUAUAUAUAUAUGAUAAAUAUGCAGGUUUAAAUACAUAUAUACAUAUGUGUAUACCAUACAAAUGGUCAACUGAUGCAUACUACAAGACGGCGGACGCUAGUGUAAAAACUACAAACCGCAAAGGCUGUAUAUUGUUGUUGCUGCUGCUGUACAUUCAUGUACUUCAUCUUUCCCUGCAUAAAUGUAUUUAUGUUUUAAAAACUAUUUAUAUGUUUAUAAAAAGAGAUAUUUAUAAAUAUGAGUUUUAUUUAUGUAACAUUUUGAAAAUGGAUGCAAACUGCAGGUCAAUUCUGUUUGUAACUUUUUUCUUUUUGUCUCAAAUAGUUGUAAAUGUUUUCAAAGAUGAUAAAAAGAACAUUCCAUGUGCACUUACAUGUAUCCUCUCGGGGUUUUAUGUU